AUGCCACUACGUAAAGCGAUAGAGCAAAUCAUCGAGAAGGCCAAUUCUGGAAAUGUGGGAGUUAUAGAAGAUGGAAUCAACCAGUUGGAACUGCUCCUCAAGUCUUUGACUCCUUCUAUACAAAAGCUGCAUACUUCCGGAUCCAUGGACUCCAGACUUCUAGCAUUCAUAACUCUUCAGGAGAAUUUUCAGUAUAACUUGUGCAGUGAGCUUAUACCAGCUUACAGGACGCUUCAAGGAGCAGGCCAAAUGGCAAACACAUCGACACUUAUCCAGAUCAAUACCGCAAUGAUGGGGCUCCUAUUGAUCCAUCCCGAAUCACGCAAUGUCUUCAGCAAGAAAGCCAACAUGCUGCUAAUUUUAGGCUUUCUAGAUCCAGAUAAUGGUUCUUACCAGUUGGAUAGAUGUGCUUCGUUCGUCAGUCUUCUCAUACACAUCUUAUUGAGAAACCUCAGGAACAUGCGUGUCUUUGAAGCCUGUGGAGGCUGCAUGGCGAUAAUUAGGUUACUUCAACUCACGCCGGAUAAUAACGAGCCUAGUGAAGGCGAUACAGCAAUGCAGCAAACGCUACACUUCAAGGUUGUUGAGUUCCUUAUCUUCUACAUGACCGAUGAAUCUGAAUGGAAAGACGGCAAUGCUCCAGUACGUACUGUUUCCGAAAAGGCUGGGUUUAUUAAGCCAGAGUUUCCAGCAAUCGAGGAUCUUAUCGAGAACUUGAACGAUCUUUCUACCUCAAAGUCUCAUUCGUCUCAUAUCACAAGUAAAGAGCAAUUUCACGCAUAA